UGGCGCCAUAAUUCCAACAAGGACAUUUUGGGCAUACAACGAAAAAGCUCCUGGCUGCAUUGAACAAUAAUAAAGUCAUUUUAUAUUUUGCUGUUUUUAUACAACCUCACGAAGAUAUUGUGAAAUGUUUAUUACGGACAUAAGAAAGGAAUUCUACGACGUUGUUGUCAACCAGAGAGUUGCCCUCCUGGUGUCAUCUGAUAUCGAUGCACUCUGCGCCUGUAAGAUAUUACAGGCACUGUUUCACUGUGACCAGGUCCAGUACACCUUGGUGCCAGUGACAGGGUGGCAAGACCUUGGUACUGCCUUCCUAGAGCACAAGGAGCAGUUCCGCUAUUUUGUCCUGAUCAACUGUGGGGCCAAUGUUGAUCUCCUGGAGACCCUUCAGCCAGAGGAAGACUCCAUCUUCUUCAUCUGUGACACACACAGACCUGUGGACGUAGUCAAUGUCUACAAUGACACCCAGGUGAAGCUGAUGAUAAAACAGGAUGAUGAUCUUGGAGUGCCCUCCUACGAUGACAUCUUCCGCGAUGAAGAUGUGGAAGGCGGCAAUGACUCUGGGAAUGAAAGUGACGGAGGCUCUGAGCCUUCUGGGAAACGGAGGCGAUACGAUGAGGGGGAAGUGGAGAGGAGGAUUGAGCGACAGAGAGCAACGAGAGAGUGGGAGGCAAGGAGACGUGAGAUCCUGUUUGACUAUGAGCAAUAUGAAUACCAUGGGACUUCGGCUGCAAUGGUGAUAUUUGACCUGGCUUGGGUGCUGACUAAGGACACUAAAGAUAUGCUGUGGUGGGCCAUCAUUGGGCUGACUGACCAGUGGGUUCAUGAUAAAAUCACUCAUAUGAAGUAUGUAACAGACAUCGCUACUCUGCAGCGCCACGUCUCACGUCACAACCACCGGAACGAGGAUGAGGAGAAUUCUCUCUCCAUCGACUGCAUGAGGAUCUCCUUUGAGUACGAUCUGCGUCUGGCCCUGUACCAGCACUGGUCUCUGUUUGAGAGUAUCUGUAACUCCUCUUACACUUCCUGCAACUUCAAGCUCUGGUCCAUGCAUGGCCAGAAGAAACUCCAGGAGUUCCUCGCUGACAUGGGCCUGCCCCUGAAGCAGGUGAAGCAGAAGUUCAACUCCAUGGACAUGUCAGUCAAAGAAAACCUGCGAGAAGUCAUAGAAGAAUCCUCCAACAAAUACGGUAUGAAGGACAUCCGUAUCCAGACUUUCGGCGUUCACUUUGGCUUUAAGAACCGUUUCCUGGCCAGUGAUGUGGUGCACGCUGCUUCCGCCCUGCUGGAGAACACUGAGAAGGACGAGAGCCCCGGCGACAACUUCAUCAAGGCCCUCGACUGCCUCUCCAGGAGUAACCUGGAGCGUCUCCAUGGUGGCAUUGACCUGGCUAAGAAGAAGCUGAUGGCCAUCCAACAGACUGUAGCCAGCUGCAUCUGCACCAACCUCAUACUGUCACAGGGACCCUUCCUCUACUGCUACCUCUUGGAGGGAACUCCUGAUGUGAAGCUGUUCUCCAAGCCCAUGGCCUUGACUCUGCUCUGCAAGUACCUGCUCAAAGCCUUUGUACGCUCUACGAGGAAUAAGCGCUGUAAGCUGCUGCCCUUGAUCAUAGCUGCUCCCAUGGAUGUGGAGAAGGGAACUGUCAUCGUUCUGGGCAUCCCACCUGAGUCUGAGACAUCCGACAAGAAGAAUUUCUUUGGCCGUGCAUUUGAGAAGGCAGCAGAGAGCACCAGCUCCAGAACUCUCCACGACCACUUCGACACCUCUAUCAUUGAGCUGAAGCUGGAGGACAGGACUAAGUUUCUGGAUGCCCUCAUCACCCUGUUGUCCUAAGGAGUGGGCUAACUAAGACACACUGAUGUUUGGGUAAAGGUCCUGAAAUGUGAAAUGUAGAUGCUGGAAGAGACUGUAUGACAUUAGAACUAGGUUCAUGCCCAAUGUGAUGGAGAAUCUAUAUUUUGUGGUUUACCUCUUUUGGUCAAUGAAGAGUAUUUUCCAAUGUUGUCUUUUCAGCCCAGGACACUUUGUGAAGCCUAUAUGUAUAUUGUACAGUUUUUAAAAUGUUUUUUGUAAAUGUAUUGUUUGAGGGUUUUGGUGUUUUUAAUCUCAUAUACAUUUAUUUUUCUGUUGUCUUCGUUUCAUGUAACACAUUUAUUAAAUGAUAUUUUAUCGACGUAUAA